AUGGACAAGACGUGGAUGGAUAUUGAAGAUAGAUUUGUGUCUAACGAGUAUGCAUCGGGGGUUAACCAGUUCAUCGCUAUGGCUCGAGAACAUGCACCCGGAGGAGUUGACAUUAGGUGUCCGUGUCGUAGAUGCCGUAAUAUGUUCUUCCAACCAAUAAAUGUGGUCGAAGACCAUUUAUUUAUCAUAGGGAUUGAUCCUUCUUAUAAGGCCUGGAUAUUCCACGGUGAGGAUGAAGUAUUGGAUGUUAGUUCCUCAAAUUCUGGUGAUGAGACAAGCUUGAAUGAUGGCUACAUUGAUGAUAUGGAUGAGAUGCUGGAUGACAUUCAGCAUGGAGCCUCUAUGGACCACUCAGACAGCGUUCAAAGACCUACUCAUGGUGUAUCAGAAGGGGGUCCAGGUGCCAACUUUGCUGACUUGUUAGAAGAUGCACGUCGUCCACUCUAUCCAUCGUGCCUAAAGUUCUCAAAGCUAUCAUUUAUCGUAAAGUUGCUUCAUAUCAAGACAGUUGGUGGUUGGAGUGUUAAAUCCUUUAACAUGGUUAUCAAGUUGUUGAAAGAUGCAUUUCCUAAUGCUCUUCUCCCUGACUCAUACAAUGAGGCAUGCCGCUUGGAACGUAGCCUCGGCUUUAAUUACACCAAGAUAGAUGCUUGUUUGAAUGAUUGUGUUCUUUUUUGGAAGGAACAUUCUGAUAAAGAGAAGUGCCCUAAAUGCAACACUCCGAGGUGGGUGUUAAGCACUAAUAAGGUAAAGAAAAUUCCACAAAAAGUGCUGAGAUAUUUUCCUUUGAUCCCAAGGUUGCAAAGACUAUUUGUGUCAAGUAAGACUGCCGUCGCAAUGAAAUGGCAUGCUUCUGAACGGGUCAACGAUGAUAAUGUCAUGAGGCAUCCUGCAGAUUCAAAGGUCUGGAAAGAUUUUGAUCUCCAUUAUCCUACAUUUGCCUCAGAUUCUCGUAAUGUGAGAAUCGGUUUAGCUAGUGAUGGUUUUAACCCAUUUAACAAUAUAGCUAAACCAUACAGUAUAUGGCCAGUGAUACUCGUACCUUAUAACUUGCCCCCUUGGUUAUGCAUGAAAGAUCCAUACCUUAUGCUAUCUUUGCUAAUCCCUGGCCCAAAAGCACCUGGUAAUGAUAUUGACGUCUAUCUACGCCCUUUAAUUGACGAAUUGAAAUAUUUGUGGGAAGAUGGAGUUAAUACAUACGAUGCCUCUACCUCAUCUAGGUUUCGCUUACAUGCCGCAUUACUAUGGACCAUUAAUGACUUUCCAGCGUAUGCUAAUCUUUCUGGGUGGAGCACAAAGGGAAAGCUGGCAUGUCCAACAUGCAAUGAUGAGACAGAUUCAUUGUGGUUGGUCUAUGGGCGAAAGCAUUGUUACAUGGGUCAUCGUCGGUGGUUGUCGGCAGGGCACAGGUGGAGAUCUAAAAAGGUUGAUUUUAAUGGGAAUACGGAUUAUCGGCAUCAACCUAUACAUUUGUCAGGAGAUGCUAUAAUGGAACAGUUGAAAGAAGUGACAGAUGUACAGUUUGGGAAAACUACAAAGAAGAGGAAACGCACAGCCAAUGAGUUGAAUUGGACAAAAAGAAGUAUAUUUUUUGAGCUACCUUAUUGGUCUUCCUUAGGUUUGAGGCAUAACCUCGACGUCAUGCAUAUUGAGAAGAACAUCUGCGAUAGCAUAUUAGGCACUUUGAUGAAUAUUGAUGGAAAAAGUAAGGACUCCGCCAAUGCACGAAGGGAUUUAGCCAACCUUGGCAUACGAAAAGAGUUACACUUACAACAGGAUGGUGAUCGAUAUGCGAUGAGGUUGGCAUGUUACCAGUUAAAUAAACUUGAGAAGAGAUCUUUUUGCGAGUGGUUGGUAAAUGUUAAGUUUCCUGAUGGUUUUGCCUCAAACAUUGCUCGAUGUGUUAACGUUAGUGAAUCAAAGAUCUUAGGCAUGAAAAGUCAUGAUUGUCAUAUUUUUAUGCAAAGAUUGCUUCCAGUUGUGAUUGGUGGAUACUUUACGAGUGAUGUUCGACAAGCUUUGUCAGAGUUAAGUACCUUUUUCAAAAAAUUGUGUGCACGGGCAUUAUGCAUUGAUGUCAUACAAAGGCUACAAACUGACAUCUCUAUUCUUCUUUGUAAAUUGGAAAUGAUAUUUCCACCUACAUUUUUUGAUAUAAUGGUGCAUCUCGCCAUCCAUUUGCCACACGAAGCCUUACUUGCGGGACCUGUGCAAUAUAGGUGGAUGUAUCCUUUCGAAAGGUAUUUAGGAAAGUUCAAGCGUUAUGUCAAAAAUAAAGCCCGUCCAGAAGGCUCAAUUGCCGAGGCCUAUGUUCAUGUGGAGUGCCUUACAUUUUGUUCAACUUAUCUCCAUGACAUUGAGACAACUUUUAAUAGAGAGGAACGAAAUGUAGAUGUCGGUCAAGACCAUCAAGAUGUUUGUUUGUUUGUUUUCUCUCAAAAGGUUCGGCCGAUGGGUUCGUCCUCUUCUAAAAGGUUGGAUGAUCCGCUUUUUGCAAAAGCGGAGUGGUACGUGCUCAACAACUGUCCUGAGAUUGAACAGUACCUAGAACAACACUAUGACAAGAUGAAAGAAGAGGACACUAACAACGUUGAUCGUAGGCACCAAACAGAAUUUCCCAACUGGUUCAAGAACCAUAUUCGAGAAUUGCGCAACUCAAACCCGGGUGAAGUUACAGAUGAAGUUUAUGCUCUGGCAUGCGGACCAGAUCCAUGGGUUGGGUCAUACAGUGGAUGCAUAAUGAAUGGAAUUAGGUUUCACACAAAGGACCGUGAACAACACCGACGUACACAAAAUAGUGGGGUCGUUGUACAAGGAGUACAUCAGUCCAACUCGGUUGAUUUCUAUGGUGUGUUGACAGAUAUAUUGGAAUUACGCUACAUGGGCUGGCAUCUUGUAUACUUGUUUAAAUGUGAUUGGUGGGACGUUGGUGAUCCUAGACGAGGCAUACGUGUAGGUGAUCAUGUUACAAGUGUGAAUACAUCUAGAAAAUGGUAUCAGGAUGAGCCGUUCGCCCUUGCUUGUCAGUGCUCACAAGUUUUUUACUUAAAAGACCCAAGUAUAAGUGGAAAUUGGAAAGUGGUACAAAAGAUAACCAACAGGAAUGUGUACGACAUUCCAUCGAUCCCAACGGCCCUAGACGAAGGUGAGGACUCCUAUGAUGGUGAGGCAUAUCAAGAGGAAGAUGCUACCAAUGAUUAUGGUACAGUCAAUCAAAGUGAUAGUGGUUUGGUGAAUCAAUUGCAUCGAGAGGAUGAAGAACCAGUUGCAGUUAAUGACUUAAAUACGGUACACGGUGAUGUUGGGAAUGAUAUCGACCAUACUUUUAUUGACGAUGAGGUGGACAGUGACACUUUUGACAAUGAUCCCAAUAUUGACCAUUAUGAGGAUGAUGAUGAUGAAGAUUUCCAUUCGAGUUCAGAAACAGACAUUGACUAA